AUGCCACUCCAGAUUGGAACGUCCGUUGCGAUUGUCGUCACUGCUUAUGUUGUCUUCAAAUCAGUCACCUUGCUGAAGAACUACACGAAUGCCCGACGCUCCAAGUUCCCAUUGUAUGUUUCUCCUAUCCCAAGCAGGAGCAUAGCAUGGAUGAUUCUUGGUCCAGCCCUGCGGCUGCAGUACAAAAAAUAUCUUCCAGUUUGGCUUUUUGAUCGACUAGACAUCAUCACCCACGGAUGGGAGUUUCACCGCAGGACGGAAUAUCAUGAUAAGCUCGGUAAAGCAUUUGUCUUGGUCACACCGGAUGAGUGCUCCCUUUGGGUGGCAGAUCCAGAUCUUGGAAACGUGAUCCUGCAGCGUAGGAAAGAUUUCGAGCAACCUCCAAUUACGGCGAAGAUUGUUGGUCUUCUUGGACCAAGUGUGCUUACGACGAAUGGAGAGGACUGGCAACGACAACGAAGAAUAGUCGCACCUAAUCUCAACGAAAAGAUCAGCGAGACCGUUUGGGAUGAAAGCUGUCUACAGGCCAAAGCUAUGCUCAAUUACAUGGUGCAACAUCCCGGUGAUCAAACACUAAAUGGCCUUCGAGUCAUUGCCAAAAAUGUGAUCGGCAAGGCAGGAUAUGACACCGACACAGCAUGGAGCCCGAAUGAACAACAUCUGCCGGAUGGGCUGAGCAAUGGAUCGGGGGGUUAUUUUCACACAAUGUCUCUGAUCGCCAACAAUAUCAUCCCAGCGGCAUUGCUCCCGACCUGGUUCAUGAGACUGCCAAUCAUGCCAACUUCGCUACAACUACUUGGCGUACAGAUGAACAGGGUUCCACGAUACAUCCAGACAAUGUUAGCAGCAGAGAGAGAAGCAGCCUCUGAAAAACCACGCGAUAAUUUCUUGAGCAUGCUCGUGCGACUCUCAGACCAAGAAAAGAUGUCAUCAGGGAAGUUCUUGACCGAGCAAGAGAUCAGUGGAAAUCUUUUCACAUUCACCGCUGCUGGAUUCGACACCACCGCCAAUACAAUGGGUUACGCUGUGAUAUUACUCACUGCGUACCCAGAAUGGCAGGACUGGAUCCGCGAGGAACUCGAGAGCCUUGAUGAAGAUGUGUCAAAAUGGAAAUACGGUAGCGUUUACUCAAAAUGUCCACGCAUUCUAUCUGUGAUGCAUGAGACACUUCGCCUCUUCCCACCAGUGCUACAUUCCACUCGCUGCGUAGCACAAACACAAGAAGUCGCCGACCUGACUGGCACACAUGUUCUCACGGCCUCAAUGGAGGUUUAUGUCUCCCACCAAAGCAUCCAUAAGGAUCAUUUUAUAUGGGGAGACGAUGUUAUGGAGUUCAAGCCCUCUCGGUGGAUUGACAGCGCUGGGCAUAUUAUCACUCCAGCCAAGGGCACUUUUAUACCUUGGUCGUCUGGUCCACGGAUCUGCCCGGGCGUCAAGAUGGCACAGGUAGAAUUUGUUGCAACUUUUGCAACGCUAUUUCGGUCUGCUAAAUGUGAGCCUCUCUCUACAGAGCUUGAAGGUGUAGAAGCAUCGAGGAAGAACAUAUGCGAUGCAAUGGCGGACUCGAUUGUCAAGUUGACGUUGCAAGUCCGGGAACCCAAAAGAGUGAGACUGCAAUGGAUUCCGUUGUAA